AAUUCAGCGAUCGGGUCCGCCCUUCCUCGGCACACAGAUAUAUUUCGCUCGUUCCCCGACACCCCAGGAAUACCGAGGUGACCAGCUUGCACAUCAAACACAUCUAGGACCAUUCUUCCCCAAACCUCUGACAGCUUCUGUAAUUCACCAGCGCACAUUAGCACUAGCAGCAAGAUGGCAACAGUCUGCCUCGACAACCAGAUUUUUUACAACCCCCCUGUGGCGGCACGCCCUGGCCCUGCAAGUGGAGGGCUUCUUGUUCAGAAGGGGGACCCUGCUCCUUUCCUUCCGCCGCCGCCACAACAGGAUGCGCAAGAUUCUCGACAUGGUGGUGCAGGGAAGUCGCAGAACAAUGCGAUCCUGAUCCCUGAUAGCGAGUCUGAUGACGAUUUCGACAAUGGCCGAUCCGAAACGUCUUUCACGUCGCUUGACGAGCUCGUCGCGGCUGUACCCAGGAUUCUUGAAUCCAGCGGUGUCGCUAGUGCAGGUAUAUACCUAAAUCUCCCGUCCCCGGGCAGGCUGAGUGGCGCUAACAUGCCUACGCAGGUGAAAGUCGCGACACUGUUCCCGACGAUAACGACGUAUCAAAGCCUUGGGUCACUAGUGGGCUUGGCUCAAACGAUGAUUUUGCAGACGAGCAGCAACAGAGAGGUAGCCUAGGGCCUUCUCCAGAGACGUUGUCUGGCUCUCCCCAGCCGUCCGAAAAGCCAUGUGGGACGACGUCGAAUCAUGACGGUUCCAUA